AUGCCCAGACCCCGCCCACAACCAGCAGGCCUCGGUAUCGAAGACGAGCUCUCCUUCGGCUCAGACGAGGACCUCAUCGCAGACGUCGGCGAGAUCAACCUCCCGCCUGCCCAGGACCCAUCAGACGAUCACACCAUGAAGGAUCAGAGGCCGAGCGCGAACGGCGGCAGUCGCUUCAAGCUCUCGAGGGGGGACAAGAAGGAGGAGAGGAGCGGGUCCAAGGACAGGUAUGGGAAGGACAAGAAGGACAAGCGGAACUUGAGCAAAGCGGCGCUCGUAAUGGACCCGCAAUUGGAGUCGGUACUGGAUCUUUCAAACUACAACGACGGCAGUACGAGUUCGGGGUCCAACCCCUCGCUGCCCAGCCUCACCAGCGCUAGCAUGACCUCGGUGAAUGCAAAGAGGAAGGGCGGAUUCAGGAGCGCUCUGAGAAACUUGGGGAUGAAGAAGGAGGCGGACCCUAUCGCUGUCUUUGCGUCCAAGCAGAGGCUGGAAAAGAUCAGGCAGGUGCAUAGCAAUGACAGUUUCUCCACCGGCGAGUACACGCAAAGUAUCGACCUCUCCCUCUCUACCUACUCUUCCCGCCGCACCGAUACCACCUUCUCCUCCCACUACCACUCGCCUACCAACCCGAAUCCUUCCUCCACAAAGUCUAUCGACGACGGGCACUCUAAACGCGCCUCUAUUGCUUCCUUCCCAGCCCGUCCACCAGCACAGCCAAACACAGACACCCGCUCGAAAGAGUCGUAUCUGCCCGUGACAAAGGCCAUACUGAACAAAUUCCCAGAAGCACCAGAUGCUGGGGUGCAGAAUGGUCACGCAAAGUCGAGACCGACGUUGGACAUCCCCCCUCCAGUCGACUCGGGGCUCUACUCUGUCCUCUUGCCGCCAUACCCUACUUCUCUCCCUUCGCUCGAGAAUGUUUCAAUCCUCUCUGCGACAGUCAUCCGACGCGAGAUCUCUUCCGUGCCCGAAAAGCAGAGAAGCACAAGUCUGAGUUCGCUGGCAGGUGGAAUGGGCGGGGGUAACAACGGGGCGAAAAAGCUGGUAUGGACGAGCAGGCAAAUGGUCUUGACGAGUUUCAAAGUCGGCGGGAAUACACCAUCUGCCUCGCCAAAGGACGAGUACCCCUCCGAGGACGACGCCCAAGUCAAGACUAUCGCCAAUCUCCACAUCUUUUCCCUCCCCCUCAACACACCUUCAUCAGCUACAUCGCCUCUCAAAUCGCGCAACCGCUCCGACUCUUCAUCUUCCCGACCCGGGUCUUCUCAUCAGACAGAGUUGGAGAGGAUGACGUUGAAGGGGGAGAGUACGGCUGGGUUCUGGGAAGAUGCGGGGGGAGAGAGGAAGCAUGUGUUGAGGAUUGGCUUUGGGUAUGAGGCGAGGAAUAGGGAUGGGGUGGAGUGGAUUGUCGAGAUGCGUAGCGCCGAGCAACUCCGUGAAUGGAUCAACCAGAUCAAGUCCCUCUCGACAAUCCUCCGCGCAGAACAAGAAGGCUAUGGACAUGCUAUCAACCAGGCGUAUGCUUCUGGCACUGUGCGUGGGGACGACCUUGCCCUAGCACUGAGUCUGCAGCGCCGCACGCCGAGCGGGUCAGUGAAGAAGCAAGGGAGCCAGGGUGGGAGCGAGGGCGGCGGCGGCGAUGUAUCUCCUGCGCCGGUGCUUGCCCCGGCCGUGGCGCCAGCCGUCGACGCGAGGAUGAGCGGAGAAGCCGCCCGUGCAGAAUCGCCCUUGCUGCCCAUAGACUCUUUGCCUAGAGUAUCCGCCCAGCUCAACAGGCUCGACUUGCGUUCUUCUACGCGUAGGUCAUCAUUGACGUCUGGCUCUCCCUCGCCAUCUGCUAUAAAAUCACCAGGCCUCAACGGGAAUGGGCUGCAUGUACCCAACAAACACUUGCCACCCGCCGUCACUCCCCCAACGGCACCUCUCCCUUCUCUCCCGUCGGAUAUCCCUCCAUCGACUUAUCCUUCACUCUCCUCUCACUCCCGCUCGGACUCUAUGAGCAGGCGAUACCAGCCCCAAGAUCAGCCUAACCCGCUGCCGGCGACGGAAGAAGAGGGAGAGAGGCCGUUGACGGAAGCGGAAAAGAUCAGGCUGGAAGCGCAGAGUCAUCCUUAUCGCGCUACCUCGCCUCCCAUUCCUCAGACGACAGAAUCGGUGGCAGUCCGUCCGCCUACGCCGCCUGUGGUGAAAUCGAAAGAAAUUCCGGCAGAUGCGCAGAGUGUGCUUAGUGUGCCGAGUGUCGCGAGCGGGGCUAGUACGGGUGCGAGUAGGAGAAGGGCGGGAAAGAGGGUUGCUGUGGAUGUUAUGGCCGAGUUCCAUGAUGAUUACGAGCCGGAGGAAGAGCAAGAACCUAUCAUUGAGGAUCGUCCCAGAGCGAUCAGGUUCGCUUAG